GACAGGCAGAGGGUGGACAGACAGAUAGCAGAGGCAGGCAGGCUGGAACUGUGACAGCUACAUGGGGGACCCAACAAACACCGGGACAAGGACCUGGAGGUGCCCCACCCUGGGCUCCAGCAUUCUGUUGCUCCUGUGUAUUUCUGGGCUCAGCCAACCAGCAACAGAGAAGAUUUUUAAAGGCAAGGAGUGUGCCCGUCACUCACAGCCUUGGCAAGUGGGGCUGUUUGAGGGAAUCAACCUGCGCUGUGGGGGGGUCCUCAUUGACCGCAGGUGGGUCCUCACAGCCGCUCACUGCAGUGGCAGCAGGUACUGGGUGCGCCUGGGGGAGCACAGUCUCAGCCAACUGGACUGGACGGAGCAGAUCCGACGCAGCGGCUUCUCUGUGACCCACCCCGGCUACCAGGGAACCCGGAAUAGCCAUGACAAUGACCUCCGGCUCCUGCGACUGGGCAUGCCUGUCCUCUUGACCCGCAGCGUCCAGCUCCUGCCCCUGCCCACCACCUGUGCAGUGGCCGGCACCAAGUGCCAUGUCUCAGGCUGGGGCAUCACCAAUCAGCCACAGAAGCCAUUCCCAGACCUGCUCCAAUGCCUCAACGUCUCCAUCGUUUCUAGUGCUACCUGCCGGGCUCUGUUCCCCGGGAAAAUCACGGACAACAUGGUGUGCGCCAGCGGCGCCGAUGGGGCGGACGCCUGCCAGGGUGACUCCGGAGGCCCCCUGGUGUGCGGAGGAGUCCUUCAGGGUCUGGUGUCCUGGGGAACUGUGGAGCCAUGUGGGCAAAAAGGCAUCCCAGGAGUCUACACCAACAUUUGCAAAUAUGUGGACUGGAUCCAGAUGGUCAUGAGGAACAACUAGCCUGCGCCCUCCACCUCCACCCCGCAAGUUGGGGGCUACACUGAGUGACCCUCAGAGCACCAACACCUCCCCUGUCAUCACCUCUGGCUCCCACUCUUCUCGUUCUGGGGAUUUUCUUCCCAGAACUCCAACUCCAGCCAGCCCUGCUGAGA